AGUUCGAGUGCGAUUACCGCUGCUGCUGGCUGUCAGUGGCUCGUGUUGGCCUUGUUUGUUGGACGCGGAUACCAUUGCCGUUUUCUGGCUCAGAGCGGUUUGUUUGCUCGCGAGCAGAAUGCAGAAGACCGAGUUUUAAAUGAAUCAGCAGAUCGGUUAAAUGUAAAACCCAUCGAGAGCCGCCAAAACCAUCAUACGUUUGGAGGAAGUGCAACGAUAUAAGAGCGGAAAUCCGUGGAAAAGGGCGGAGAAAAGCGAACGUAGGGAGCUGAAAAAAUUGCAUUGCCUUCUUUCGGGCGCACAAAGAAAAUGAGCGCAAAGAUGACGCGCUACAAGCAAACCGAAUUCACGGAAGACGAUUCGAGUUCAAUCGGCGGCAUUCAAUUAAACGAGGCAACCGGCCACACUGGCAUGCAGAUACGCUACCACACUGCUCGGGCCACAUGGAAUUGGCGCUCGAGGAACAAGACGGAGAAAUGGCUGCUCAUCACCACCUUUGUAAUGGCCAUCACGAUCUUCACUCUGUUGAUUGUCCUUUUCACAGACGGAGGCAGCAGCGAUGGGACCAAGCACAUCCUACAUGUCCAGCCGCAUCUGAAAGAGUGUCCUUCCGGAAAUGAGCUUCCCUGCUUGAAUAAGCACUGUAUCUUUGCCUCCAGCGAGAUCCUCAAGUCCAUCGAUGUGACCGUGGAUCCCUGCGAUGACUUUUAUGGAUAUUCCUGCAAUCAGUGGAUCAAAAAUAACCCUAUUCCCGAGGGAAAGUCCACGUGGGGCACCUUUGGCAAGUUGGAGCAGAUGAACCAGCUGAUCAUCCGCAAUGUGCUGGAGAAACCGGCCAAGACCUUCAAGUCGAACGCGGAGCGAAAGGCCAAGGUGUACUAUGAGUCCUGCCUGGACGCGGAUGAGCACAUGGAGAAGCUGGGGGCCAAGCCCAUGAAUGAUCUCCUGGUGCAGAUCGGCGGAUGGAACGUGACCAAGAGCGGCUACAACGUGGCCAACUGGACGAUGGCCCGCACUCUCAAGACUCUGCACAACAGAUAUAACUUUAACUGCCUGUUUGGUUGGGCGAUUGGGGAGGACGACAAGAACUCCUCGCGGCACGUCAUCCAGAUAGAUCAGGGAGGAUUGACGCUGCCCACAGCCGAUUACUACAACAACAAGACGGACAAUCACCGCAAAGUACUCAAUGAGUACAUUGAGUACAUGACCAAGGUGUGCGUCCUGCUGGGCGCCAAUGAAUCGGAUGCCCGGGCCCAGAUGAUAGGCGUCAUUAACUUUGAAAAGAAGCUGGCCAAUAUUACGAUUCCUCUGGAGGACCGUCGCAACGAGGAGGCCAUGUAUCAUCCAAUGCAGCUGCGCCAGCUGUCCAAACUGGCUCCGUUCCUCAACUGGACGGAUCAUUUCGAUAAUGCCAUGCAGAUGGUCGGUCGCCGGGUCACCGACGACGAGGUGGUGGUCGUCUACGCCCCCGACUUCCUCAAGAACCUGUCGGACAUCAUCCUCAAGAUGGAACUGACCGAGGAGGGAAAAAUCACCCUGAACAACUAUCUCGUCUGGCAGGCGGUUCGCACCUUGACCAGUUGUCUCUCGAAACCCUUCCGAGAUGCCUACAAGGGCGUGAGGAAGGCCCUCAUGGGAUCGGAUGGCGGCGAGGAGAUCUGGCGCUACUGCGUUUCCGACACCAACAAUGUGGUUGGCUUCGCCGUGGGUGCGAUCUUUGUGCGUCAGGCCUUCCAUGGGGAAUCGAAGCCGGCGGCAGAACAGAUGAUCGCCGAGAUCCGCGAGGCCUUCAAGUCGAACCUACAGAACUUGACCUGGGUGGACAAACAGACGCGCGAGAAGGCCAUUGAGAAGGCCAACGAGAUCUCGGACAUGAUCGGAUUCCCCGACUAUAUCCUGGAUCCCGUCGAGCUGGACAAGAAGUACGCCGAGCUGAACAUCACGCCGAAUGCCUACUUCGAGAACAACAUCCAGGUGGCCAUCUACAAUCUGAAGAGCAACCUGAAACGCCUCGACCAGCCGGUGAACAAGACCAAUUGGGGCAUGACCCCGCAGACGGUGAACGCCUACUACACGCCCACCAAGAACCAAAUCGUCUUUCCCGCGGGCAUUCUGCAGACGCCCUUCUUUGACAUCAACAACCCCAAGAGCCUGAACUUCGGGGCCAUGGGAGUGGUCAUGGGUCACGAGCUGACCCACGCCUUCGACGACCAGGGACGUGAGUACGACAAGUUUGGCAACAUCAACCGAUGGUGGGACUCCAAGAGCAUCGAGCGGUUCAACGAGAAGUCGGAGUGUAUCGCCCGUCAGUACAGUGGCUACAAGAUGAACGGACGCACCCUCAACGGCAAGCAGACGCUGGGCGAAAACAUAGCCGACAAUGGGGGCCUCAAGGCAGCCUACCACGCCUACCAGCGAACCAAGAGCGACCGCGAUGUGGAUGUCCUGAAGUUGCCUGGCCUGAAUCUCACCCACUCGCAGCUGUUUUUUGUGUCCUUUGCCCAGGUCUGGUGCUCCAGCACUACGGAUGAAACGAACCUGCUGCAGAUGGAGAAGGAUCCGCAUUCGCCGUCGCAGUUCCGGGUGAUCGGCACAUUGUCGAACAUGAAGGAGUUCGCCGAGGUCUUCCAGUGCAAGCCCGGCAAGCGAAUGAACCCCACCGAAAAGUGUGAGGUGUGGUAAAGGAAACAGCAUUAUCCCGAUCUCAGAACGAGCCAAAGAUAAAGAUAAUGAUAAAGAUCAAGCCAAAGCCAAGCACAACCAUAUAUGUAUAUGUGCGGAUGGUGGAUGGAUGCAGACUGGGAGAUACGGCCUCAAAGUGAUGAUCCUAUCUUCAUGACUCUAUUGAUUUAGUUGUGCCCAUUUUUUGUUUACCUUUUGUAUUGUUGUCGAAAGACCGUCAGUCAUUGUGCCUAUGAAAAUGAUCGAAACUGACGAUAAAUUCACGGUCGUGCUCCAAGGGGUCUGGAGUUGGGAUGUAUGGAUCCUGGAGCAGGAGCAAGGGGACCUUUAACUACAUUUGAAUGUGAACGCACGAGCUACCAACUAUAUGGGGUGGGUGUUUGCGAUAUGAAACACAAGAUGGAGCACACACCCAACGGGGCUGAUAUACAUAUAUAUAUAUAUAGAUAUGAUAACGAUAAACCAUAAAUGUAACUUAGCUAUUUGUAGAACUAUCAAUGUAUAUUGUAUUAUAAUGAUACAAAGUUUGCAGCUCGUAACCCAAAGAUGGGUUUUUUAUCAGUGCUCCGCUCUUUUUUAUACCUCCCAUUAAGAUACAUUCUAAAGAAUUUGAAAAUUCCCAGCCUUUUUUCAGAAAAUACAUUGAUGUCGAAGUUCCUAGGUAAAGGAUAGGCAGGAAAUGAAGGUCUAGUGGGUGUGAAAUCGAAGGAGAUAGAGAUAUCGAGUGAGAGGCAAACAGUUUGUGUGCUUUUAAGUUGCCAGAGUGAAGAGGAAAUAACUGAGUGAUUACGUUUAACAUUUAUAUAAGUUGAAAUUAAAAAUGUUUUAGCCCAUUUUGAUAAAUCUGUUUUUUACUGGUUUUCUUAAUAUGCUAAUUGUUGAUUUAUCUAUAAUUUACUAUCCUAUGAAGAAGCAAAAUAGAUAGAGGCAGCAAUGAAAUAGAAAGUAGACAAAUAAACACCAACUAAUUAAUAAUUGCUCAGAUAUUGAGAUACAUAGCCAACCGAAUUGGACGUGUUUUCUUUUAAACGAAGGAAAAACAUAUCAGCUUAAGAUAAUGCAAGCGAACAAAAUCCAAUAGCAGCCCCGUAAAUCUAUAGAAUUUAAAAAGGCACCAAAUCGAAAUCAAUCCAAGAAUUUAGCUAUAAGAUAAAAAACACUCUCAAGCCGAAUCAGUCACAAAUCUUCGCACUAUGUAGACAAUACGGCCAAAAGGCAGUUCGGUUCACUAACUUGACUUUGAAGGGCGUUUCCAAUUAGAUUUUGUUUAUAUCCAUCGGUUAUUUUUAGAUAUAGACGUACGUUCAUACAAAGAAUGCAUUUAUCUUUAAUUUUUUUUUUACUCUCCUGAAUAAUUGUAUUUCAAAUACUGGAAAUAAGUGACGCGAACGCAGAGCAAAAUUUUGAUCUUGUAUUAUAAACGCAUUUAUAAUUUUCCCUAAUCAUUUCGUAGGAAGGGGGAAUGGGGGUGGGUUAAGGGGUAUACUAUCAAAAAACCCUCUGUAUCUAUGGAGGUAUCAAGCAGAUGACUUUUGUAUUCUAUAUAUGUACUAUAUGAUAGAUGAAGAAACGAUAACUAUAAUACAAAUAUUAAAAUAUUAUUAUUAUACAAACUACAUAUACAUUAACUGAAUGUUUAAAUGCAAAUUAUUUUUAUUGUCUAUUAAUAAAGUGUAUAUGUGUGUGCAUGUAUACAA